AUGACUAGAAGUAUGGUUCACGAGAAGAACCAACAAUUAUCAAUCACUUCAAACAGAAUGGCAAAAAAAUUCAAGGGUCCAGCGAUUGGUAUUGACCUUGGAACAACCUAUUCAUGUGUAGCUGUUUGGCAGGACCAAAACAACAGGGCAGAGAUUAUUCACAAUGAUCAAGGAAACAGAACUACUCCUUCUUUUGUUGCUUUUACUGAUGAUAAAAGGUUGAUCGGUGAUGCUGCCAAAAAUCAGGCUGCUUCUAACCCAGUCAACACUAUCUUUGAUGCAAAGAGGUUAAUUGGAAGGAAAUAUAGUGAUUCUGUCAUUCAGAAUGACAUACGGUUGUGGCCAUUUAAGGUUGUUCCUGGCAAUGAUGACAAACCUGAGAUCAUUGUUAAGUAUAAGGGUGGGGAAAAGCACUUCUGUGCUGAGGAAAUCUCAUCAAUGGUCCUUACAAAGAUGCGUGAAAUUGCAGAGAAGUUUCUGGAGUCACCUGUCAAGAAUGCAGUUGUUACUGUGCCGGCUUAUUUUAAUGAUUCUCAGCGAAAAGCCACAAAAGAUGCUGGUGCCAUUGCUGGUCUCAAUGUAAUGCGGAUAAUCAAUGAGCCAACUGCAGCUGCUCUUGCAUAUGGCCUUCAAAAGAGAGCUAAUUGUGUUGAAGAGAGAAAUAUUUUCAUAUUUGAUCUUGGUGGUGGAACUUUUGAUGUUUCUCUUCUCACAAUUAAGAAUAAUCUCUUUGAAGUCAAGGCCACUUCCGGAGACACACACCUUGGAGGAGAGGACUUUGAUAACCGAAUGGUGAACCACUUUGUUAUGGAGUUCAACAGGAAGUAUAUGAAGGACAUUAGUGGGAGCCCGAGGGUGCUUAGAAGGUUAAGAACGGCCUGCGAGAGGACAAAAAGGACACUUUCAUUUGAUACCAAUGCGACAAUUGACAUAGAUUCCUUAUUUGAGGGUAUUGAUUUCCAUUCAUCAAUCACUCGGGCCAAGUUUGAGCAACUCAAUGUGGACCUCUUUAAGAAGUGUAUAGAGACUGUUGAAAGUUGUCUUAGUGAUGCUCAGAUCGAAAAGAGUAGUGUGGAUGAUGCUGUCCUUGUUGGCGGUUCUUCUAGGAUUCCCAAAGUGCAACAAUUACUGAAAGAAUUUUUCAAUUGGAAGGACAUUUGCGUGAGCAUCAAUCCUGAUGAGGCAGUUGCCUAUGGCGCAGCAGUUCAAGCUGCUUUGCUUUGUGAAGCCACUGAGAAGUCUCUAAACUUGGUUUUGCGAGAUGUCACCCCAUUAUCUUUAGGUACGUUGGUAAGAGGAGAUCUUCUGAGUGUUGUGAUUCCUAGAAACACACCCAUUCCUGUCAAGAAAACAAAAAAUUAUUAUACAACUAAAGAUGACUUGUCAUAUGUGUCGGUUAGGGUUUAUGAAGGCGAGAGAUUAAAAGCAAGUGAGAACAACUUGUUGGGUAAGUUUAGAUUCUCAAUUCCUCCUGCUCCUCGGGGCCAAAUUCCUAUCAAAGUAUGCUUUUCCAUAGAUUUUGAUGGUAUUUUAAACGUAUCCGCGACGGAAGAUACCUGUGGGAAUAGGCAAGAAAUUACAAUAACGAAUGAAAAGGGAAGACUAUCAACCGAAGAAAUUGAGAGAAUGAUCCAAGAAGCUGAGAAUUUCAAAGAUGAAGACAUGAAGUUCAAGAAGAAAGUUAAAGCAAUGAAUGAUCUGGAUGAUUAUCUUUACACUAUGAGAAAAGUAAUGAAGGAUGAUAGUGUUAGUUCCAUGCUUACUUCAAUAGAAAGAAUGAAGAUCAACUCUGCAAUGAUAAAGGGAAUGAAAUUGAUUGAUGAAAAACAGCAUCAUGAAGCAUUUUUGAGGACUUUCUGAGGGAGCUUGAGAAGAAGACCAAUAAAGGUUUCUCUGAUGAGUAAAGUGAUUCUGAUUGUUAAUUUUUA